AUGAUCGUCUUUCUUUGUCUUCAAAUUCUUCUUUCAAUCAUUCAAGUACUAUCUUAUCCUCGAUAUAAUUCGUUAAUAUCUGCACAAUGUAAAGCGCGAUGUCUAUAUGAAUAUCGAACUUACCAUCAACAGCAACGUUCGUUACCUUCAACGUUCAUCGAUGGGAAAACGAAACGAUUAUUGACAACCAAUGUUUUAACAUUACCAUGGAGAUCUAUUUGGGAGCGCUGUCCACGCCUCAUCACAUGUAGUUCGUGUUUGAUCCCAUGUGAUUUGGAACCGGCACUUCUUUUAGCCAAUGACCAAAGUUGUCAAGCAAUCUGUUCGACAUUGAAAAGUUUGGAAUGCGAACGAAGUUGUUUAUUUAUACAAAAACUUUAUCAACAACAGUCGAAUUGUUUGACAGGUAAUUGUCAAUUCUGUUCAUCAUCAGACGAUUGUACGGACAAAAUUCCUCAACUAUAUAAUGUCACUGCAAUUGAACGAAAAAGUCGACGUACCGUAAAGUUAAAAUGGAAAUCAAUGGGAGAGAAAAAUCUCGAGCCCGUGUUUUAUGUGAUCGAGGCACAGUGGAUGCUACCGAAUAUCGAUUUAAAUCAAUAUGAGCUCGUUUCAAAAUGGGGUUUUGUUAAAGAAGAAGUUUCUCAUACGAAGGCCAUCAUUCGAAAUAUUCAACGUGAUAAUCGAUGGUAUCGAUU